UAAAACAUCAAAAGCUAUGAAUACAGAAGUGGUUUGCAUCGUUAUGUUAAUUAUUUCCAUCAAUACCGAUGCCACAAGAUAUAAUAUACCAAUAAAGUGUCAUCUUCAGCCAGAUUCAGGACUAUGUCUCGCAGACAUGCCUCGUUAUCAUUAUAAUAUUGCUACUGACAAAUGCGAUCUUUUCAGUUAUGGUGGAUGUCCCGGAAACGGCAACAACUUUGAAACUUUACAGGAAUGUUGCAAUGAGUGUUCUGCAACAAAUUUGGAAUGUGAACAAUCCAAAAAAUAUAUACAGGACAUGAUCGACCGUCUAUCAAGACCGAGUGGAAAAAGCAUUGAACUGUGGUAGUUGGUCACAGGUUCGAACUUCACCAACGGACUAGGCGGAUGCAGAUUUGUGUGACUUCUUCAUGUGUUUUGUUCGUUAAAUAGGAUCAAUUUCUCAUAGAAUGUCCUUUGGAUAGUACCCCUACUUCGUGUCUAUGUGUUGUUGGCUGUAAAGGAAAUAAAUGUCUAAAAAUUCUCCCGAGUUCAUGUUACUCUGUAACGACUAAUAAAGUGUCAAAAAGUGUUUAUAUUUUAUUUAUGCCAAGUAUAUUUAAAAUAAUCUGGUUUGUUUGAAGAAUCGGCCAUUUCGGAAUACACCAGUGGCCGAAUGGCUAAAAUU